AAUACAAUUAAGAGUUUCUUAAAGGCAUCAAAUUCGAUCCAAAAUUUCUGAUUACAGUACAAAUCCCACGAAAUAAAUAAAUAGUAAUUAUUAAUGGGGAAAAAGGGUACGAAUGAUUGAGAUGACAGUGCCGAUUGGAGAUGGAUUCCCAUACCCAUCUUCGCUAAUGUUUGUAAUACCCCAUCCACGUGCCCUCGCCCCCCUCCCACUUUCACUUCUUUACUCUACUUAAUUCUACUCUUCGCUCCAAUCUCUUUCUCCAUAUAAAUACGCAUAUCCAUUUGUAUAAUUGCUUGAGAGAGAUAAAAAUGAGUCUGUGAAGAGAAAAAGGGGUUUCUUUCUUCUGAUUUCAAUCUCCACGCGUUGGGUUGGAUUGGAUUGGAUUGGGUUGGUUUUGUUUUGUUUUGUUGUUGUGGUAUACCGAGUGAGCGGAGAUGGAGAAAUAUGAGUUGGUGAAGGAUUUGGGUGCUGGAAACUUUGGAGUGGCAAGGCUUUUGAGGCACAAGGAGACCAAAGAACUCGUUGCCAUGAAAUAUAUCGAGCGAGGUAACAAGAUUGAUGAGAAUGUGGCAAGGGAGAUCAUAAAUCAUAGGUCACUAAGGCACCCUAACAUAAUCCGCUUCAAGGAGGUGGUUUUAACACCCACACAUUUGGCAAUUGUGAUGGAGUAUGCUGCCGGUGGAGAGCUAUUUGAGCGAAUCUGCAAUGCUGGCAGAUUUAGUGAAGAUGAGGCUAGGUAUUUCUUCCAGCAGCUGAUCUCUGGUGUCAAUUACUGUCACUCCAUGCAAAUAUGCCAUAGGGAUUUGAAACUGGAAAACACUUUGCUAGAUGGAAGCCCUGCUCCACGCUUGAAAAUCUGUGAUUUUGGUUACUCAAAGUCAUCUUUGCUGCAUUCAAGACCCAAAUCCACAGUUGGAACUCCAGCAUACAUAGCACCAGAAGUUCUUUCACGGCGAGAAUAUGAUGGCAAGAUGGCAGAUGUGUGGUCAUGUGGAGUGACUCUCUACGUGAUGUUGGUGGGAGCAUACCCAUUUGAAGAUCAAGAGGAUCCCAAGAAUUUUAGGAAAACAAUUCAGCGCAUAAUGGCUGUUCAGUAUAAAAUCCCCGAUUACGUUCACGUAUCACAAGGUUGCAGGCACCUUCUCUCUCGCAUAUUUGUCGCAGGCCCAUAUAAGAGAAUUUCAAUCAAAGAAAUCAAGAACCAUCCAUGGUUUAUGAAGAACAUGCCGAAAGAGUUGUCUGAUUCAUCUCAAGCAGUAUAUUACCAGAAAGAUAACCCAAGCUUUUCACUUCAAAGUGUGGAUGAAAUCAUGAAGAUUGUGGCAGAGGCAAGAAUUCCACCUCCAGCAUCUCGGCCCGUCAAAGGCUUUAGCUGGGGAGCAGAAGAGGAGGAGGAGGAGGAUGAAGAUAUAGAAGCAGAGGUGGAAGAGGAGGAUGAUGAAGAAGAUGAAUAUGACAAGAGGGUUAGGGAAGUUCAUGCUAGUGGAGAAUUUCAUAUCAGCUAAGCAGUAUAAAGUAUAAACAUGCUUUUAAUUAUUAAUAUUCUGAUUUGUAUUUUGAGAACUUCAAGGACUUAAUGCUUUAAUUGAUGUCAGUCUCUGCAUGUAAUGUAAGAUUUACUUCUGUAUUUCUGGGACUUGUAAAAUUAUGAGAAACACAUGUCUACUUGUAUUGUUAAAUCAAUUGUUGUCAGGGAUC